CAGGUGCUUAAAACACUGCAGGUUCAAAUGCAGCGUCUUCAAGAUGAGAACAAGAGCAUCAAGGAGGAGAAUAAGACUUUGCGUGCCGAGAAGCCGAAACGAAAACGGUGCGUGGACACACAGCAUGAACUUAGCGUUCAUGAGGAUACUAUCACCAUCUAUGCCCGUAAGUAUGGCAUGAUGAUGGAGAUGUUUCCUAGUAGCGACCUUCUCAACAAGAAACUCCCGGAAGCUCCCACUCCAUUCGAUAGCCCCGACCGAUACAAGACUGCGGCAACGCAGGACUCUGCAUUCUUACACGAGCUUUAUCAUCAUUUUCCCAAAUCGUUGCACAAGAUAAUGGAAAGCUCGUAUUUCAGCGAUAUGGUACUGAAAUGUAUUCCUGAUGCUCACGCCAACGAAAUCAAGAAACUUCGUGGCGUUGCUGGUGAUAUUUUCAACCUUCCCUCAAAGUAUUUCACCAGCACCAGCUUCGAGAGAGCCACCAUUCCCGAAAUCCAACAGUUACUUGGCGUUUCGUCUGCUGCAAACCAGACAUACAAGACUUUCCCGCCAAUCUUGUUUCCAGGGUUGAAGGAAGAUACGUCGCUGAAGACAGUGUUCGGGAACUGGGAGCUACUAGCCCGGGUUCUCAAAGCUUCGUUGCGUGGUGUUACCUCGCUCCACCACAGGUCAAGUGGCGGCGGCGCGCAUACUAAUGCUCUCAAAUGGAGCGUUCAUCAAAUCACGCCAGGAGCGAUAGCAUGGGCGGCAGUUAUUGCGAUAUUUCUACUCUCGCCAGACACUGAGUUCUCGAGCUCGGGCCUAGGGAAGAAGUCAAACAUCAAUUACAAGACCUUGUUUUACAACUACAAGAAGGUUCUUGUUUCGAAAUGGACCACCAGGCGUGUCACCUUGAUCGUCGCCAACAUCAACAAUUAUGUCUUCGAGGCUGCGAAAGGACCUUCUGUUGACCCAUCAGCCGAACAAGAUCAUGCGAGUGCCAUCAAUCGUGCACUUGCGGCGCUGGAUAUGGACAGCAGCGAA